GCGCUCAAUCCAAACAUGGCAGUACGUCCGUGUGCAAAACAAAGCGAUAUAAUACUGCUGCUUGCACUUUUCAAAAUUACAGAGUAACUCGACUAUCGAAAAUAUAAUUUCAUUUUGCGUUCAGAGAAGAAGAUACUGCACUUUCAUCAUGAGUGACCCAUGCAACUGCUUUACAACCGGAGAAUGCGUUUGCGAUGCCGACUGCGACUGUUCCGAGUGCAAGUGCGGUGACAGCUGUAAAUGCAAUCCAUCCGAGUGUGGAUGCAAGGCGGUCUGCAAGUGUGGAGACAAAUGCGAAUGCGGAGCCGGAUGCACAGGGCCCGUAUGCAAGUGCGACAGCAGCUGCUCGUGCAAGUGAAGGGAUGACGUCACCCAGUUACAGCGGCGAACGUCAAAACUGUUAAUGACGGCAUUUGUUGAUAUUCCCCGUUACACACUCCGCCGCUACACAUCUUCAGCUUUUCGUUGGUGGUUCAGGAAUCUUCAUAAAAACAACUGAUUUCAUAGCAGACACGUGUUUUUAAUUAUUAUUGUUCUAGCUUUUAGCAGUAUUAGUUUGAAUAACAAAUUUAUGUAAAUGAACGCUUAAACAUCAUAUUUUAACAGUAACGAGGAGCGAGCACUUUUAUUUAAAUACUUAGAGACAUUUUUUGUAUAAAAUCAAUUACAACCAAAGCUCCUUUCAUCAGUUAUGCUAUAUGAACCAUUAUCACUAUUAUGUUAAAUGUAGAUUUCAAUCUGUUUUAGAAAUUCUUUAUCAGACUGUCAAUCUCUUGUCGUUUCUCAUCUUGACGACAGACGUUAUUUGUCAGACUCACCCUGUAACUGUGUGACUCACAUGUUCAUAAUUUGCACUUGAUGCUGUAUUUUUACUACCUUUAUUGUUUCACUUUUAUAUUAUAUGUUGCUAUAUCUGUAGUUGUACGUUGUCAUGUACUAAACAAAAUAAACGUAAAAACAAA